CGCGGCUCCCCGCGGGUCUGGGCCGCCGCCAUUUUGUUGGCGCCCGGCGCUGCCGGCGGGACGGAAAGGGCCGGGAAUUGCCUGGCGGCUCCUCCCCCGCCGGGCCCGAGAGGCGGGGACUGAGCGAGGCCCUGCCGGGACGGGACGGGGUGGCGGGGCCCAGCGCGGCGCAGCGAUGUCGGCGUUCUCGGAGGCGGCGCUGGAGCGGAAGCUGUCGGAGCUGAGCAACUCGCAGCAGAGUGUGCAGACCCUGAGCCUGUGGCUCAUCCACCACCGCAAGCACUCGGCGCUCAUCGUCAGCGUGUGGGAGCGGGAGCUGCGCAAAGCAAAACCAAAUAGGAAGCUGACAUUCCUGUACUUGGCCAAUGAUGUCAUACAGAACAGCAAAAGAAAAGGACCAGAAUUUACAAAAGACUUUGCUCCAGUAAUAGUGGAGGCUUUUAAGCAUGUUUCAAGUGAGUCUGAUGAGAGUUGUAAGAAACACCUUGGCCGAGUGCUGUCUAUCUGGGAAGAAAGGUCUGUUUAUGAAAAUGAUGUAUUAGAACAACUUAGGCAAGCUUUGUAUGGAGACAGAAAGGGGAAGAAGCGCACGUAUGAACAGAUAAAAGUUGAUGAAAAUAACUGUUCACCUCGAAGUUCUCCCACUGACCCUCCUCAGACCACAGAUCUCAUUAGAGCGUUACAAGAACUAGAAAAUGCUGCCUCUGGGGAUGCAGCAGUUCAUCAGAGAAUAGCCUCACUGCCUAUAGAGGUCCAAGAUGUGUCCCUGUUAGACAGAAUAACAGAUAAGGAAUCUGGAGAGCAACUUUCCAAAAUGGUAGAUGAUGCAUGUAUGUUGCUGGCGGAUUACAAUGGCAGGUUGGCAGCUGAAAUAGAUGAUAGAAAACAGCUGACUCGAAUGUUAUCAGACUUUCUCCGAUGUCAAAAAGAAUUCCUUGCAGAGAAAGAACAUAAGCUGGAAGAGUACAAACGCAAGUUAGCCAGAGUGUCCCAAGUAAGGAAAGAACUCAGGUCAAGGAUCCAGAACCUGCCUGAUCUCUCACGACUUCCCAACGUCACGGGCAGCCAUGUACACCUACCGUUUGCAGGAGACAUCUACAGUGAUGAUUGAUUACAAGAACAUCCUUCCAUAACCUCUGCUUUUCUGUGAAAUGAGGGGUAGGCCAGACUGAUUGGUACUCUUGUAGUAUUAUUUUUGUAUAUUGUUGGAGAGUGUCAGUAAAAAUACUUUAAUAAUUUAUAAAAAAUGGUUUAAAAAGUUGAUUUGUUUACUAUUUUAUUGGCGAGUGAACAUAAGGGUACAUUUAUAAAAGUGGCAUGUGUGUCUGUUACGCUGAGGAAUUAAUGAUUAUCUUAUCUUUUGUAAAGAUUUUGGUUGGGUGCCCUGUAAAAAAACAUGCUAAGAUUUUUCUUAUGUACCCUGUAUUUAAUGUAGAUCAACAUAUAAUGAAAACAUAAUUCUAACUUGAGACGUUUUCGUUGCUAGUGAGGAAUUGAAAUGUGGAAAUCACAGGCUUGUGUUUGCAAAAAGGUCAAUGCAAUUUAAUGCAAAGUUAAAAGUGAUCUUACUGUCCAUUACAUUUAAAUUACCCACUCCCCAAAAAAAGUAAGUUAUUUUGAGGUAAAUGUUAAUAACCAAUUUUCUGUUGGAAAACAUAAGUCAUGUAACACUGAGCAGAUCUUUAAAUGACUCAAAAUACCGCAAUAUUUUUGUAUCAUUUAAAAGUCAUUGUGUAGAAACUAUACAAUUGACCAGUUUAAUUAUGUUUCGAAAUUGUAACUUUUUACAGCUGCUUAGUUUCUAAAUCGAGGGACCAUUCAUUUGUACUCUAAUCUCUUUCUAGAACAUCUGUCUCCAUCUAAAAAGGUUAAUCCCAGAAAUGUGAAGCUAUUUUACAGCUUUAAUUAAAUUGAAAGGUCAUUCUCUAAACUGUCUCAAUUGCUAAAUGCCCAUUAUUAAUGUUUGGCAACGCUACGUACCAUCCAUACAUGAAGCAAGAUGAUACAGCCGUGCUGUACAUCCUCUUCCACUGAGAAACCCUAGAGGCCAGCAUGGGCUACCAGCUCCCCACCUUGACCCACCCCAGCAAAGAUUUCUAGAUCUCGAUCAUCUUUUUCUCACACAAUAGGAGGAGGCAGUUCAGACCUGUGUAUGAGUCAAACAGUGGAAAAUUAUUGCCAAGUUAACAAUCUCCUCUGCAUGGCACAAAUGUGGUGUUUGUCUACGAACAGCUGAAUUUGUGAAGAAUCCUUGUUAGUGUACUAUGCAUCAGCUACAUAUAUCAAUGGCAUUAAAGUACAUUGUGCGCUGGUGUCGUCUAGAGCCUCAUAUCUUUGUGGGUCUGAUGUGCCAGGCCAUAGUCCAAUAGACCUGAUUGUCCCUCUCCUCUACCUGACUAGAGGCAGGGCCCCCCUAGUUCUGGUUGUGGUACUCGUUGCUCUCUUACCAUAAAUAUGACCUGGAGGUCCCUUUGAGAGGAUCGCAUAUAACAUCAUCACUUCUUUACCGUUUGGAGUCUUGCCCAUGAGAGACUGGAGCAACAUUUAUCCUUGAACAGUUUCUUCUGGUAGUUGUUCCUCUUUUCAAUUCAUGUACCCAGGCUGCUAAGGAAGAGGUGGAUUUUCCGUCCCACCUCCUCAUCUCUUCUCCAUGCUCAUGGAGGUAAAACCAUAGAUUACCUCGGGGAGUGUACCCUCUCUCCUUAGCUGGGGGAGGCCUUCUCCUGAUAGCAGAGACUCUCGUUUGUCCUGACAAGAUAUGGAAGAUUCCUUCCUUAAAUUCCUCUCUUAGCUUCUGGUGGCCCUCUUCAGUCUUCUCUUCCAGGCUUUGGACAUGUUCGGCCAGUUUUGUUUCCACAGAGGAGAUGUGGGCUUGUAGUGGGGCGGUAACAGUGUCUUCAUAAAUCCUGAGUUUACUAACCAACGCGCCCACCUUGUCUUCUCCCUCCCUCCAUUGCAACAUUGCUAAGUAAUGGGAAUAUAUUUCUGGCCCGAGCUGUGCAAAUUUUAACCACAUCUGGGAUGUGCACUGUACGCCGUCCGGACUUUUAGGGAAUCUUUCGUCCUCUGAAAAGAUUAUCUCCAGUACAGCUAAUUCUCUUAAGCAUCGGAUACCUCAUUCCAUCGUCCUUGCUACACAUGGAGGUCCUCCUUACAAAGAUAUCUCUCCCUUACACUUGACAACAGUUGCUGCCAGAGGCUGAGUGUUUCCUGCCUCUUUACAAUCCCCUGAUCAAUGACCAUAUCUCAAGACAGAGAUCCCAGUUGUCUUGCUUCACUCCCAUCUAGAAUUGUAUCAUUAGCUGUGGCGUCCCAGAUUCGGAGCAGCCAUGUCAAAAUGGACUCGUUUGCCUAUCACAUGAACUCUCUCUGCAGCUCAUGCAGAUCACCCAGGUUAGGGACCGAGUGGAUGAUUUCUGGCUCUGUUUCUUCUGCUGAGCGUGAAGGUCCUGCCUCUUCCCCGUCAUCCACUAAGCAAACUGAUUUAGUCUUGGAUGUUCUUUUCUGGACAGGGGCAACUGCUGUUGGUUCAGUUUGUCCUUCUGGCUCCACAACAGUUUGCGUGGACACCAUGCUGGUUAAUUUGCUUUAUUUUACCUCUGGCUUAGCCGUGGUUUGUGUGGACGCAGUACCUGUUGAUUUGUUUCCUUUCUCCUCCUCCUUAAGGUGCUGUACUAUACCAAGCAGCGACCGGUAGGCAGUGGCCAGGGCCCAGCAUGUUGCCGUAAGCUGCCCAUCUCUGGAGCUGUCAGAGCACCUUCCUCUCACGUAUCUUAUUGCUCUAACAGGGUCCUGAAGUUGUUCAGGGGUGAAUUUCCAGAUCAUUGGAGGAGAGAAGCUCUCCAAAUACUGGCCCAUGUCCUGCCACUUUCUGUGCCACUUAGCAGUAUCCACUCCCAGAGCAGGCCUCCAGGCAACUUCCCUAGAAGCUGCCCUGGGCAGCUGCUGCAAAUGACCUGUUAUUAACAGUCCAUCAAAAAUCUCAUACAGGGUGUAGAAUACACAGUUUUGGUUAUACCCACAUAGUGAUAAACUGGUCCUGGCCCCUGUAACUAGGACAAUGGUUGAAUUCCAUCCAUGGAAAACUUAAUUUGUACCCAGAGGUACAAAAUAAGUACAGUGACAUGGCUUGUUGGACUGCAUUGAAGGAUCUGUCUUGGAUACUCAAAAUCAUAGGGAAUUUUAAACAGUCGUUUGCUGCCUUAAUUGAAAAUAACUAUAAUAAUGAAGUUGUAUGCUGAAUUUUCUUGAUCUCUCGAGGGUUUUAAAAAAGACGUGACACUUCACUAGAUUUGUUUUUCCUCUUCAUAACUCUUAGUGGUAAUGUUGUUUAUCUGCAGAUAAUGUAGAACUGAUAAAAGAAUGAGGAAAAAACCUCAACUACUUCUUGAUGUAUAUAAGUUUUAAUUUUGAGAGAGUGUUAUUUUCUGGAUAUAUUUUUCUUCAUUUUACUGUGAAAAUUGUUUGGUUCAAGGAGUUUUUCACAGCUGGAGUUUUGGAAAUGAUCCCUCAAUAUUUCUUUGGAAAAGAGGACUUGUGGAAGGCAAAGGUCACUCUUACAGCAAGUGUUGUAUAUUAGUGGCUGAACGGUACGUUGUUUUUUUUUUAUUUAUAUGGAAAAGGCAUCAGGUAUCAAGUAGUUAGAAGAUUUAUCUUGUGACUGUAAUAGUGUAGCAGAAGAUAACAUGGUAUGAUACAAAUGCAGUCCUGUAGUGUCAAAAAAUACCUCCAAAUUCUCAGGUUCCAGAGCUUAAUGUACGUACUUCUGACAUCUCAGGAAGAAAAGAGGCUGGGUGGGCAAUGGUGGGGUGCCUGGGAGCUGGAAGGGAGAACAUGCCUGGGUGGAAAUGUAAAGGAAACUGAACUUUUUGUCCAAACAGAAGUAAUUGUGAAACUGGGCAGCACAAUGGUUUAGCUGUAGGUGGGAUUUACAAUAGAAGUGCUUUGGUGCGUUACCACCCUGGGAAAGAAAAUGUGUGGGUAUACCCUGCCUGCCUCUUUUAAUGUGGUCUGACUCUUUGCAGACCAGAAUGCCCACCCUACAAAAGGCACAAUUAUAAAAUAUCUGAACAUUUUUCAUCUAAUAAUAGAAGCAUAAUAAUUAGAUUAUUUGCUUUGCUAUAUUGCACUUUUAUUGAGCAUUCUCUGAAAAAAGCAAAGAGAUUCCUGCAGCACUUUGCCAUAUGAGAAUGCUUCUCUUGGAGGUCACUGGGACUGCUUGUAUAUUCUAGUGUUUGCAGGCUCAAGCUGUGUUUUUUGCAGAAUGUUUUGAAAGAUAUCAGGAAUAUUACCCCAAUUCUGUGGUUUGAAAAAUAAAUGUGAAGUCAUUAGUUACAAAAAUUACUAUUCUUAGAAAUUAUGUUUCAUUACUCCUUUUGGAAAUUAAACUACAGCCUGCAGUAACAUUAGCUUGUCUGAUUCACUCUGUUAAUGUUUGUAUUAAUAUAUUAAAACACCUCUGUUAAUCCCUAGCAACACAACCCAAAUCUACAUGCCUAUUAUGUAUUUUAUCCGAGUAGUCUUCUGAGUGUCAAACUGAGAGCUUUCAUUAUGACAAAAUUACAUUCCUGUUUACCUGAAGUUUAAAAAGACAGUGUGUUAAGACUUCCACGGACUAAUGCUGCUCUCACAAGUCAGUGGCGACUCAGUCUGUUACUUUGAUGAUGACCCAAAAUAGAUACAUAGGAUGCAGUAGCCAGCUGUGCAGACAACUAUGGAAGACAUGGAAAUCAUACACAGGCUUGAUUGGCACUCUACAGAAGUGCUGGAUGUCAGCCUCUUGAAACGUAAGCAAAUGGAUCUGUGGGUGUGGGGUUUUUUCAGUGGGAGGAUCAAUGAAAACCACCACAUCUAAAAUUUGAUGGUUACUUCUAUAAAUAUUUAGGGCCGGUUCUGUUCAUUACUCAUGCACAUAAUCACAGUGACUAUUCCUGCAAGUAAAGAAGGCAGACUCAAAUGUAGUGUCUGAAGUGGAAUUCUUUUUUAAUGAAUGACCAAUUUUGUCUUGGCUCCUAUUUCAGUGUGUCAUUUAUCUUGAUUAAGUAGUAAAUCUCUUCCAUUGUGUUAUUUAGGAAUCUAAUUCAGAAUUCAUAUUUACAAUAUUUAAAUUAUCCUACUAAGCAUGAUGUUUUUGUGGGAAUUUGCAGAAGUUCAAUAGCACUCGUUAUUUGUUUGCAACAGAAAUAGAUUCAUUUGUUAAAAGCUAACAAGAAAAGUUUGAAAUGUAAAGAUGUUUCAUUAUUGUGCUUUUCUGACAGAACCUGUAAUCCUUGUGUAAUUUAUGUCCUCAGAAUAACACACCUGUAUGUACGCUCUUUCAUAUUUAAUAAAACAUUGUUGUAAAAACA